AUGCCUCUGAACGACCUCCCUCAUAUCGCACGCACCGCGACCGCUGGCCAGCUGAUCGUCAAUGGACGCCCAUUCCUCGUCCGCGGCGCUGAGCUGCAGAAUUCCUCCUUCUCCUCCGUCCAGCACAUGGCCGGGUUGUGGCAGAAGAUGGUCGACAUGAGCGUGAACACCGUGCUCGGUAGCGUGUCCUGGGAGAUGGUUGAGCCAAGGGAAGGCCACUUUGACUUCUCUGUCAUCGACCAGGUCAUCCGUGACGCUCGUUCGUACAAUCUCAAGCUCAUCCUGUUGUGGUUCGGUACUUGGAAGAAUGGCAUAUCGACGUACGUGCCUCGCUGGGUCAAGAUGUCGCCUAAACGGUUCCCGCGAGUUGUCGUACAAACACGAGAUGGUAGAGCUGAAGUCACCGAAACCAUAUCGUGUGUGCACGGCGCCACGGUCGACGCCGAUGCGGCGGCUUUCCGUUCGUUCGUGCGGCACCUGAACGAGGUCGACGGAGAGCAGAACACCGUCGUGAUGGUGCAAGUGCAGAAUGAAGUCGGCGUCUUAGGCGACUCGAGAGACCGCAGCGAUGCAGCAAACGAGGUGUACCAGUCAAACGUACCUUCAGACCUGGUCAGAUUUCUCCGAGAAGACUGGCACACGCUGCACCCAGAUCUAAAGUCGAAAUUGGAGGACCGGCACACGCUUGUAGAAGGGUACAACUGGCCACAAACCUUUGGUCAGAGCAUCUACACCGACGAGAUGUUCAUGGCCUACCACUAUGCCCGCUAUGUCGAGAAGGUAGCUCAAGCCGGCCAGUCCGAACAUUCCUUACCGAUGUUUGCCAACUUCUGGCUCAACUACGGCGAAGACUCCAUGGCAAAGGCGUACCCAACGCUUGCUGGAGGUGGCGAUCUACCUGGUGACUAUCCAGCUGGUGGUGCCGUGAGCUCCGUGCUCGAUAUCUGGAUGAAAUUCGCCCCGUCACUGUCCUUCAUCUCACCAGACACCUAUCUCAACGACUAUCACCGCGUGUGCUCGACGUACCGCCACCGCAAACAGCCACUCUUCAUCCCCGAACAGCGGAGAGACGAGUAUGGUGCUCGAAGGAUCUGGGCCGCCGUUGGGGAGUACAGAGCCAUAGGCUCGUGUCCUUUUGCCUUGGAUACACUGGAGGUGGACGAUUGCGCUUACACGAAACAUUACGCACUCAUGGCAUCUGUAGAGGACCUUGUCAUGGCUGCUCAACGAGAAACUAACUCGAUUGCCGGGUUCUUCUUUGAUGAGCCAGACCACAAGGAGGCCUCUUCUCAUCCUGACCCAGUGUUUGAGAUGGCCGGGUAUGAACUUACAGUCGAGCGUGCCUUUACCACCGGCGCGCAAGGCGCAGGCUAUGGUCUCAUCAUCCAUCGCGAGACCAACUCUGAUGGCACUGCAAAGUUUCUUCUGGUAGGUGCUGGGUUCCAGGUGAAGUUCCGCUCGCUCGCCACGGGAACUUGCUUCACGGGCAUCUUGGAUUUCGAAGAGAAGACGCGCGAUCAAGAAACGGGAGAGUUCGCAACGCAUCGUAGGCUGAAUGGCGAUGAGACGCGCAGUGGACACCAGGCUAUUAUGCCGAACGAGGAUCCAGAUGAUGGCGGAUUCCCCAUCAAUAUCUGCAUUCCGGCGGUCACCAAGAUGGCUGAGUGUAUUGUGUACGGGUUGUCUGCUGAAGGCUGA